CGCGACAUGGUGGGCGCUGGUACGCGCGGGGCGCCGCUGCUGCCGCCCGUGCUGCUGCUGCCGCUGCUGCUGCGGGGCGCGGCGGGCGGCAUCGCCGACAGCGUCGUUUGGGCCGUCAACGCGGGCGGCGAUGCCCAUGUGGACGUGAACGGCAUCCACUUCCGCAAGGACCCGCUCGAGGGCCGCGUGGGCCGAGCUUCUGACUAUGGUAUGAAACUGCCAAUCCUGCGGUCCAAUGUGGAAGAUCAGAUUCUGUACCAGACGGAGCGUUACAAUGAGGAAACCUUUGGCUAUGAAGUUCCCAUCAAAGAGGAGGGCGAUUAUGUGCUGGUGUUGAAGUUUGCAGAGGUCUAUUUUGCACAGUCUCAACAGAAGGUAUUUGAUGUUCGCUUGAAUGGCCACGUGGUGGUGAAAGACUUGGACAUUUUUGACAGAGUUGGACACAGCACAGCUCACGAUGAGAUCAUUCCCAUGAGUAUCAAAAAGGGAAAACUGAGUGUCCAGGGGGAGGUUUCAACAUUCACAGGAAAGCUCCACAUUGAGUUUGUAAAGGGCUACUAUGACAAUCCGAAAAUCUGUGCCCUAUACAUCCUGCAAGGAACAGUGGAAGAUGUUCCAAAGCUGCAGCCACACCCAGGUCUGGAGAAAAAAGAGGAAGAUGAUGAUGAAGAUGACUAUGAUGAUGGCUCCAGUGUCAAAAAACAGGCAAAUAAGAACCGGGUUCAGUCAGGCCCACGCACACCAAACCCCUAUGCCUCGGACAACAGCAGCCUCAUGUUUCCUAUAUUGGUGGCCUUUGGUGUCUUCAUUCCUACCCUCUUCUGCCUCUGCCGAUUGUGAGAGCAAGCCCCACAGUGCAUCAGCCCAGGGGCUGGGAGGGAAGGAGUUGGACCAAAUAUGGUUGCUUUCAAUUUCUCCAUAUUGUUCAUAAUUUAAGGAAAAAAAAAAAAAAAAAAGAGAUGAUUCAUUUGGAA